ACUUAAGAAAACCGGCGAAAAAAAGAAAUAAACGAAAAUGCAUUACGUCGGUUAUAUUAUUGUUGGUUUUAUUAUAUUUAUCGGUUAUUCCGCAUGUAUGGAAAUACCGUUACAAAACGAACUCGAUAAUAUUAGUGAUUCUCAGCCACAUUCCAGAACACGACGUUGGUUUCCUUUUUAUACAAUCGGCCGUUUUGCCAACGAGGUGUGUACGGGUAAAAAUAAUCUCCAUGGAACUUGCAUGGUGAGAGGAGAAUGUGCCGAUAAUGGAGGUGUAUCGGCAGGUAGUUGUUCAACGAUUACCACUCAGGCAGUUUGUUGUAUAUACCAAAAAACUUGUGGAGCUACCACCCAAUACAAUAAUACAUAUUUUUACAAUUCCGGCUAUCCGGGAACAUACAGUGGCGGCGGCAGAUGUACCAUAGUCGUUCAACCCUGUGAUGCUAAUAUUUGUCAGCUGAGAAUUGACUUUUUAUCCCUACAAUUGGCACCACCAAAUGGAGAUGGCUUCUGUUUGACAGACUCUUUACAAAUAACGGGUGGAUCAUCGCGCGUACCAGCCAUAUGUGGUGACAAUUCAGGACAACAUGUGUAUGUAGAUUUCAAUGGUGAAUCCCCUAUAACCAUCUCGGUAGCCACCUCAGCUAGUUAUACAUUCAAUCGUCAGUGGCAAUUUCAAAUAGCACAGUUGGCUUGUGCCUCUCCCACACUGGCACCAUCGGGCUGUCUACAAUACUAUAUGGAAGAUAGUGGUACCGUGCAAAGUUUCAAUUAUGGCUCAGCACCCAACUCUCUGCCCAAUUCGAUUGGUGUUCCGGGCAGUCGACAAAUAGCAAAUCAUCAAUAUGGCAUUUGUAUACGUAUGGGAGCAAAUAAAUGUUCUAUAACCUGGAGUCAAGUAGACUCAGAUGCCUACUCGUUUACUCUAACCAAUGAUGUGGGUGCUGUAGAUCCUUCGCUGUUGGCCACGGAAGCCGUACAAAGUCAAGAAUGUACCACAGAUUUUGUGAUUAUACCAAAUCCCACACAAAAUGGCAAUACCUUACCAAGUGAUCGUUUCUGUGGUUUAGGUUUGGUAACAACAACCAGCUCAACCAAACCGUUUGUGCUGUACGUCGUUACGGAUGGCAAUGAAGAUUUUGAUAUAUCAAAUCGAGGUUUUUAUCUUUCGUAUUCACAAAAUGGUUGUCCGGUUAUAUGAUGUGACAGAUGGGGUUUACAAUUCAUUAUUUUUUAAUGACUGAGGAAUUUAUUUAGGUUGAGAGCUUUAAGACGAUUUUUAUUUAAAAAAAAACAGUGGAAAACAAAAUAGUAUACUUAAAUUAAGUGAA